CUCGCAGACCCGAAAUCGAAGCAGCUGCGAGUGAUGCUGACACUCACAUUCCCACACGCAUCCUUUCAUCCUCCUUCACUCGAUUGCUCCUCCGCCCCGAAACGUGCCGUCUGUUUACCGCGCAUCUUGCCUAUGCGGUAACCAUCACCCCUGGUCGCCACUAUGGCAGUCUCUACGCGCUACGGCAACGAGCGGUGGAGUCGUUCGCGUUCCUUGAUCUCGCCCGAGGGCGCCAACGACACCCAAGACCCAUCAUCAGUCAGCGCAGGCUACAACUUCCCUCAGUCCCGCAUCAGACCUCCCGUUCCGCUCGACGUCACCAACGGCGACCCACCAUCGGCAACGCCUCCUGACAUGCCUUCAGUCGUAUCAAACGUCCUGGCUCGGCGGUCCAGCGGUAGCAGUAGCAGUGGCGGCAUUGGCACAUUCAAGAACAGUUCUGGCCUCGGGAGCGGAAGCACAAAUGCACACCACAAUGGGGAAGAGACGAGCUAUGAGAGACGCAUGCGUCUGAAUCAACUUGCGUACUCCCGCCCACCAGACAGCAACGGUGGCACCGUUCGUCGCAUCAAACCUCCCUCAGCCUCAGCUUACGACACGUCCAAAUCCGCGCCGUCCAAUCAGAAGGGUGAGCGAUCACGUGAGCCUGUUGCAGGUCGUGAACACUCCAGCAAUGGUCACUGGUCACACAGCAAUGGCCACUCCGAGGGGGACGGAGACCUCGACAUGUUCGGCGGCCGCAUAUCUUCCAACGGCUACAGGCAUGAGGAGGAUGAUCACCUCGGCCAUGAAGCGCAAGAUUACGGAACGGACGAGGAGGUUGCUGAGGUUCAGGAAUACGACGACGCAGAUGAAGACGAGCGUUGGGAACAUCACGAAGAGCCCAACGAUGACCUCGAUUUCGAACGCGACGGCAGCGCAGGUGGCCAUACGGGCGGCAGCAGCAGUCAGCACGCAAAGACGCUCGCCGACAUUGAAGAAGAGCCAGAAACACCAUCUUCUUUACGUGGUCGCGACAGCAUCGCCCAAAGAAGAAGCAGCACUCAAAUGUCGGGUGCCGCAUCGUCGGUCGAUGAAACCGAUAUCUACGGUGGAAUCGACGACCACCAGGUGGAUCGACCUGAGCCAAUCCCGGAGCAUCCGCUUGAUCGCGAGGCCGAUGAAGACGUUCAAAGUGAAUCUGGCUGGGAGACUUGGGACGGCAAUUCUUCUUCAGCACACGGCGCUUUCGAAGACGACGCCACCGCCGCUGCAGCUCCAGCCAGCGUGAACGCUACGGUGGCGGGCGAUCAGACAGAUGAAGAAGGGUGGGAGACUGACGAACACGACGGCGAGCGGUCCCAAGCAGCUGUAGCGAAAGCUGUCAAGGAUGGCGCCACACUGGCCGCUGCUCGUCGCGUAGCGGCAGCUCGAGCCUUGCAUGAGGCUCAGAAGCGUGAUCGAGAGGAGAAAUCUAAACGCGCACGCCCCGCGCCGCAAAAUAACCAAGAGCCUCAGAGAGGUGCUCCAAAAGCCGGCAAGCUGGCGAGUGCUCUCUCUUCCGCCAAAAAUGCAGCUGUGAAGGCAGUGCCCGCUCCAAUAGCUGCGAAGUUCAACUCAGAUGGCGACGUCGCAGCCCUUGCACCACCACCGGCACCUUCUGACGGUGGGUCGUCUUCUCCCGAACUAGGUCUUCCUGGCGCUUUUCACAAGCCGUCCAAGCGACCACCUCCCAAUGUUACGGUCGUCUCGCGCCCCUCUGGCAUGACCCGUGUUGCCUCGACAGACACGCAAACAACCGUGACCAAGAAAGCAGGUCAACAGUCUCCAAAACCGAUCCAGUCUCAGCCAGUGCGCAAUGAGGUCCAGCAAGCAGCGCCAACAGGGAUCGCGGACCAAGCUGGCCCGGAAGCCGAUGGCUACAUCGAUUUCAGAAGCUAUCGAAACAACCAGCGCUUCGCUAAUCAUGCCGACGUUGCACCUCCCCGAGCAGUCAUGAUGGCUGGGCCCACCAAUGUCGGAGCACAAAGUCUGACAAGCCCCGUAACCCCAGUCUCGCCCACCAGCGCUCAAGAGCCCACAUCUAGUCAGAGACCUCAAGCAGCUCAUGUGGAGCAUGCGAAGCCAAUUACCGCCAUGACACCUUCAGCAGCCCUCAAAGCGGCCGCAAUGGCCGGAUGGACGGCUGUCAAGUCCAAGAGCUCAAGCGAUGAAGUUGACGGGAUCGAUGAUGUUCAAGAAACGCAAGAAAGCAGUUUGCCGUACACUUCUGAAAGCGAGCGAGCAUCAGUCUCGGCUUCUCAGCAGCGAGCUCGGGACCUUGUCCGUAAUGCCGCAGCCGCCUCUGCCAAGCGCAGCAGCGUUUCGCUUAAGGACGACGCCAGCGACUCGCACAGCCAAGCCCGGUCUCAGUCAAAGGAUAGAGCACGUCGCUCCGGCGACUCUGACUCGCGCAGCCGCCCAGGUCUGCCUCGCCAAGGCUCCAACGGAAGCUCGCAGUCCAAGCUCUCCAACGCUCGCUCCGUCGAUGAUUUCAAAGGGGCGCGCUCUCGUCAAACCUCUGCUGAAGGCGCCCUUUCCCCUUCGGCUGGCCUUCGCCAUGCAUUGCGCUCGCCCGAAAUUCAGUCGCCGAACAGCGUCGAGCGUCAAGUCCGGGCUCAUCCACCUUCUUCAUACUUCCCAGCGCCGCAGCGUAAGCAGGCAGCGGAAGCUGCGUCUGACUAUGGAUCUAGCAAAGAUGCUCGCAAUAGCAAUCGGCUCUCUGUCACAAGUAGCGUACCGCCCCCCGGUCGGCCUCCGCGCAGUCCCUCCCGCGACGCACUGGGCCCUCAGAACCCGGCGUCACCACCACCUCUUCCCAGUUCACCCGUGGCGAGUCCCCAUCAGCAGGACCAAGUGGAGAGUCCAGAGUCUCAGUCAGCGGACAUACUUGCGCUCUCGCCUAGGGAGCGUCUACGCCGUCUGAAUUUGCCAAACGAUCUGGACUCUGUGGCGACUCAUAUCGUGAAUGGGCGCACUCGCGGUCCCAGCGAGCCUGGUGUCUCCAGCAGGAGCCUGCACGCGGCAGAGAGCCCUCAGGUCAUCGCAGAACGAGAAGCGUCUGGCCAGAGCCCAGCCACGCAUGGUAUGGCGGGAAUGCUGCAAUCACCUGAAACUAGCUUGGACCACGGCUCUGGACGCGACAGCGGUGUCUGGCCAAAGGACGACAAGUCGCGUCGACACACAUCUGAAGACAGCACUGCACUGGCAAGUAACGUGCGCGUGAUUAGGACCGGCCAGAAGCCCUACGAGGAAGAUCAAGAAGUCUUGGAUGCCGACGCCAGAGAGGAGAGCACCCGCGCGCGUUCUGGCUCGCUGCUCAGCUUCAAGAAGGGCAAAUUGUUUGGCGAUGGUUUUACGAUGUCACUCGGGCGCAAGGCGCACAAAGAUCGCGCUAAAGAGCUCGAAAAGGCAGAGCGGAGCGGGCGCGCGAGCGCGAGCGCGAGCCAAGCACCUUCCAUCGCCGAGCUUGCUGCUGACCGCCAAAGCAUUCGCUCAUUCGCGCGUGGCAGCACUUCCAAUGACACUCGGUCGCGCACUUCAGCCUUUAGCCCUCCACAACACCCCGCUGGCGUUGACUCCGAGCGCAACAGCCUGCGAAGUACCCGCAAACGCAACAGCCAUCGUCGCUAUGAGAGCUCUACCUCAGCCAUCAUGGCAUCUGCAGCGUCAGCUCAGGCCAGCUAUGUCACGAUCACCUCCCCAACGCCACCUCCUGGCGCCUCCCAGCAGCGACGCAAAGCGGGUGGUCGCCAUUCGCGUACGAGCUCCACCGCCACCGGUGCUUCUCGCGCUGGUGUGUCAGCAAUUGCAGACUCCGUCACAGCGCCAGCGACCCCAGAGCAGACAAGAGAGCCGCGCAUGCGUUCCAGCAAAUCUGCGCCAAGCAUCAAUGCUUCGAACGCGGGGCAUCAAGCAGAGGGUGACGCCGCCGAGAAAGGAUCGCGAAGCAGCUCCAAUAGCAUCAGCCUUCCAUCGCCGACCAGCAAGGUUCUGUCAAGGCUCCCACCCGUCAGCACCGACGAGAACGACUUUGACACAUUGCCUCCGGUUGAGAAGUACGUGGCGCUGGCCGGCGUGCUCGCUGAAAUGCUCUACCCAGGAGGCAAAGCUCGCGUACAGAAGCUUGCAAAUGAGGGCGUUCGUCUACAGCGGGAGCAACGGGCAAGAGAGCUCGAAGUGGAGCGUCUCGAGGAGAAGAUUGCAUCGACUUUGCCCAGUGGCCUUGAGCGAGACACUGUCCGUGAGCUGCACGUCGCUUUCGCCACACGUACGCCGGCCAAGUUCUCGAAGAAGGACGCCAAAAAUAAUUCCUUGGACAAAGAGCAGAUCGCCGAGCUCGAGGAGAAGCUUUCCCGCCUCGAGAUCGACAUUUCGCGUCAGCGAUCGCGCUUGCGCGAUCUUGCCAAGCAGCGACCUCGACUGGCCACGAGACUUGAGGAAGAGCGCAAACGCUUCGAGAAGAUGCGACGAGUCGAGAACACACUCCGUCGCUUGAGACCAGAGGUGUUUCUCACGUUAGGCGCGGAAGCCAAGAGCGAGUUCUACCGCAGCGAAGACGGCUUGCAGCUUCAUAUCGCGGGUGGCGCAGAAGGAGUCACUACCCAGUCCGAGUAUCACGGCCAAGGCGGCGAUAUUUCAGACAGUGGCCAUCGCACACCCAUGACCACGGGCCCUUCGCCUUUGGAGGUGUAUGGCGACGAAGGCGACUACGCUGUUGGUCUGCGAACCUCAGUCAGCUUGCAGCGUGAAGCGAUGAGCGUGUUACGCUCCCACGAAAAGCUCUGCUACAGUCAGCUUCUUCUCGCAGAAGCAGCUCUGCGCAAUUGCAUUGCCGACAUCCUCGACUUGGCACUCAUCUUGGAGAGCCCGCGCAGCGAGCAGGAAGCUCAAGACGACCGCAGUGUUUCACGACGACUCAGCUUCUCGAGCUCGCGAGCAGAACAACAACGCCGAGCUCUGACGGAUGCACAGUCUUCCAUGUCGACUGGCGAAGACAUCGAGGAUGACUUUGAGCGCGUUUGCUUCUUGCGUCAAAAGGUAGAGAGUCGAGCGGCGGAAAUAGAACAGCUUGUUCGCGCCGUCUCGAGCUACUACUCCAACGCUGCUAGCGCCAGUGGCCGAGACGACCUGGACGUUGCUCCUCCUCGCGUCCGUGCACCACCGUCGGCUUGGCGAGGCGGCGAUGGCGAUGCGUCGCCACAUGCCAAAUCUCGAUCGAGAAAGACAAGCAACGACUCAAUGUCUCGUAACUUCCUCGAUCCCAGCGACGCCGAGAGCGAUGCGGAGCGCAAAGGCCGAAGCCGCUCGAACAGCAAGACUCAGAAGGACUCUGGCGAUGACACCAAGUCCAUCAGCGGCAAGUCAACUGCAAGUCAACGUCGUGUCGCGUUUCAAGCCGGCAAGAAGAACGGCAAGGAGACCGAUGCGAAUCAGGAAGCCAAUGGCAGUGGCUCUGACUCUCGCUUCUCGACUGCGCCCAACUCUCCGUCCGCUGGUGCCGCAUCCCUCGCUCCUGGUGGCGGUGGAGACGUACACUUGAUGUUCUUGCCGACAGAAACGGUCUUGAGCGCUCUGGCCCUUAUUCUUCGGAUCAUUCCUGCCCUCAGGCUGCUGUCCGUACCUCCAACCACGCCCGAGCAGCUUCGUCGCUCUGCUUUCCGCUGCGGCCAAUGGUUGCAGCGCGCCCAGAGCACCCUUCCGCAGCUCGAAGACGCUCGCGAAGCCCUCGAUGAGGUCAUCGUGCACGCUGAAGAAGCGAGCGAAAAGCUUGCCGAGAACUGCGUCAAGAGAAUGCAGGAUACGGACGAGCGCAGACGAAGCUUCUGGACAGCGAGCGCGCAAGCUGCUGUUGCUCUCAUCAUCAAUAUGCCAGCAUCCGAUAGUGACUGAACAAUAUCUACACCACCGCACGGUUUGUCACUUCGCAUUCCCUCAUCGCGCUCCUUACCUGGCCGUGAAGAGGCUCUUUUGCCUUACCUACGCUCUUUUUCCCCCUCUCUGCACUUACAUACCCCCCUUCGUGCGUCAUGUUCCCUUCGUCUUCGCUGCUUAUACACUUUGAAUCGACCUAUUGUGCACCCAAAGACACUCGUCGCGUAGAAUUUGUCGUAAUCAAGGAU